AUGGGAGCCGGAGGACAAAGACGAGGAAUACAAUCCUGGUGGCUAGCCUUAAGUUUGUCUGUGAUGCUCAGCUGUGUGGAGCGGGUUUCAUCCCAGAUAAAAUAUUCUGUUCCAGAGGAAGUAAAAGUGGGAUCUGUUGUUGGAAAUGUCGCCAAGGAUCUAGGACUGGACAUCAGUUCGCUGGAGGAACGACGGUUUCGUAUUGUUUCGGGAACUAAAGAUGCUCAGUUUGAAGUAAAUCAGAACAAUGGCGUAUUGUAUGUGCAUAAGAACAUCGAUCGAGAGGAGCUCUGUGAAAGCGUUUCUCCAUGUUUAAUGAACCUAAAAAUGGUAGCUGAGAACCCCAUGGAAAUACAUUAUGUGGGAGUUGAAAUCAUAGAUGUAAAUGAUAAUUCGCCGAGCUUUAAGGAGGAAGAAAAAAUAUUAGAAAUAUCUGAGUCCACUGUCCCUGGCAAACGUUUCCAGUUACCGACUGCGCACGAUCCAGAUGUUGUCGUCAAUACUGUGCGCGUGUACAAAUUAAACCAAAACGACUAUUUUAAUAUACAAAUCCGAGAGAGAGGAGAGGACAAGAUACCAUUCUUGGUUCUGCAAAAGUCUCUGGAUCGGGAAAAGCACAAUGAGCACAUGCUGAUUCUGACAGCAGUGGACGGAGGAAAUCCACCGAGAUCAGGGACGCUUAAUGUCACAGUCGUCGUUCUCGAUUCAAAUGAUAACCAUCCUACAUUUAGCCAAGAAGUAUAUUCAGUAACAGUACCUGAAAACGUAGACGCAGAUACAAGUGUAAUUAAGGUAAAGGCAAGUGAUGUGGAUGAAGGUGCAAACGGAGAUAUUGAAUAUUUUUUCGGCGGCCAGCUUGACCUGAAGAUAUAUGAAAUGUUUAGCUUAGAUAAAGACACUGGUGAAAUUCGAGUAAAGGGAGAAAUCGAUUUUGAAAAGGCUGACGUUUAUAAGUUAGACGUCCAUGCCACUGACAAAGGACAUCCUCCAAUGAGCACGGAUUGCAGUGUAAUCAUCAAAGUGCUCGACAAAAACGACAACAAACCUCUAAUAGAAGUGACAUCUCUGUCAAACACGGUAUCUGAAGACUCAAAAACUGGGACAGUGGUUUCUCUUAUUAGUAUCACGGACCAAGACUCCGGUUUCAAUGGUAAAGUAAAAUGUAGUCUUUCAAAUAAUGUGCCAUUCGAUUUAAAACCCUCAUUUCAAGAUAAUAUGUACUCUUUAGUUUUGAAACAACAUUUGGAUCGAGAAUCAGUUUCGCAUUAUGACAUCACAAUAACAGCUACGGACUAUGGCGAGCCUCCACUUUCCACAUUCAAAACUUUGAGCAUUCAGGUGUCAGAUGUGAAUGACAACAUUCCAGAGUUCUCACACAGUCCCCUGGAAUUAUAUUUAACUGAAAACAAUGCUCCUGGCGCAUCAAUAUUUUCUGUAAGUGCAUUUGAUAAAGACUUAUACGACAAUGCUGUAGUGUCCUAUCGUAUAAUUAGAGGGGGAGGCGGUCAUAACGACAUGGCAUCUUUUAUAAAUAUAAACUCUGAAAACGGAGACAUUUUGUCGCUAAAAAGUUUCGACUUUGAAACUCUGAAAACGUUCCAGUUCCAAGUUGUUGCCUCAGAUUCUGGAACUCCGUCACUGAGCAGCAACGUCACAGUGAACGUGUUCAUUCUGGAUCAGAACGACAACGCUCCAGUCAUCCUGUAUCCAGUCAGCUCUAACGGUUCUGCUGAAGGUGUGGAGGAGAUUCCCCGCAAUGUGAACGCAGGACACUUGGUGACUAAAGUCAGAGCCUAUGACGCUGAUAUAGGAUAUAACGGCUGGUUACUCUUUUCACUGCAGCAAGUCACUGACCACAGUCUCUUUGGUUUGGACCGCUAUACAGGACAGAUCAGAACACUUCGCUCCUUCACAGAGACAGACGAGGCUGAGCACAAACUGAUCAUACUGGUCAAAGACAAUGGGAACGUGUCGCUCUCAGCAACAGCUACUGUGGUGGUCAAACUUGUGGAGCCCAAAGAGGCUUUUGCAGCUUCUGACGUUAAAAGUUCAGCCAAAGAUGAGGAGGGGACCGAUGUGACUUUUUAUCUGAUGAUAACUUUGGGCUCAGUUUCUGUACUUUUUCUCAUCAGUAUCAUCGUGCUGAUUGCAAUGCAGUGCUCCAAAACCACAGACUAUACUUCUAAAUAUCUGCAAGAGACUAAUUAUGACGGGACACUGUGCCACAGCAUCCAGUACAGAUCUGGAGAGAAACGGUACAUGUUAGUUGGACCCAGAAUGAGCAUAGGAUCUACUAUAGUCCCGGGCAGCCACGCGAAUACACUAGUGCUCCCUGACAGGAGGAGGGGAUCUGGAGAGGUAAGCCACAUGUAUGAGUUUUAUUGUUAAUGCAUCUCUUUUAAAUAAUAACUUAUUUUGGCUUAAUUCUA